AUGGCCUUCCAGGGUGCUCUGAAAGUCGACCCGCCGGUGUGCCCUAUCGCCGCCGACGGUGGCGUCUCCAAACACACGCUCACCAAUCAGUCCGACUUGCGGCUCGCAUUCAAAGUUGGUUGAAAAACUUUUUCGCUUUAGAUGCUGGCAUGGACCACUGUUAUAUGUCUUCAACAGGUCGUGAAAUAGUGUGGAAACUACUAAAACGAAAGGCGGAGACGAAGAUGUACUGUAGAAGCUGUGUGAGACCAAAGUAGAGAUUUUGAAGUUCUUCCGGAUACGUAAUUUAAAACAGGAGCGUAGUAAUUGUGUUAGUAUACUCAAGCGGUAAAAAUAUUUGAACCCUGCAAUCAAAAGAUUCCUCUUGUAGGUUGUAUUUUAGUCUAAAGAAAAGAAAAAGGAAUGGUCCUUUGAGAAAAUAGUAGAAAAAUAAUAAAUAUUGCAAAAUCGCAACAUUUUAUGGGAAUUUUGGACGGCGUAAAAAUAACUCAAUUUUAAGAAGUUUUAUGGUCGGGCGCAUCUUCUCCGUAAGCUUUUGGCAGCCAGCCAUUCCCAUGUCUCAAAUCCGAAUAUCUAACAACGAGAACUUAUUGUUCAAUUAGCAAUCUCUCAUCUCAGGUCCGCUCGACGAACAACUCUAAUUAUUCGGUGUCGGUGGUGCACGGUUUCGUCAACGCCGGCGAAUCGCUUGACUUCAAGAUCACCCGCGUGGUUUGGACUCGAGAUUCAUGGUGAACACGUCUUCCUCUUCAGAAGGGCAAGCCGAAGGCGGACCGACUGGUCUUCCAGUUUGCCAGCGUGGCCGGCGACGCCUCCGACCCGCAGGCGCCGUUCGCUUCCGGAAAGCCGGAAGGCGAGGUCGCCGGCGAGACCAUUGUCAAGCUAUCAGCCGCCGAAUGA